UACUCGCUUGUUUUGUAGAUUGAGUACAAAACCUUUCUGCCAAUUGAACGGUAAUAACAUGGCCUCCACGAGUAGUCCAUACAACUCAACAGAAGAGACAACGAAUGCCAGCAGGGCUUGUCGUCUUCUCCUUGGACCCUGUACCGAUCAACUGAGAGAUGUUCUUCGCAAAAAGGUUCCACCUUCCACAUUUGCCGCGGAAAUUAUAAAACCCAAUCAUAAUCUACCGAGAUUAACUCCACAACAGAGAGAUUUAAUUUUGCCAAGGAAUGGGUCUUACUUUGGAAAUUAUGAUGAUUUUGAUAUUUCACUGUUGUACAUUCUUUUACGGAACAUAUGUAACAUUACACCACAUAAAAAUGGGUGGGGAAAUGUCCCAGAUAUAAAUGAUGUAUGCCUUUCUGCAAAUAUCGAAAGGGUACGAGUGGCCCGAAAUAGCACUGUGCACUCUGCACGUCCCUCCCUCGCCAACUCUGAAUUUAACGAUAUUUGGACGUCAGUUCGAGUUGCAGUAGUAGAAAUCGAUACAUUUCUUUCAAAUGGAAAUUUUUAUAAGAAGGAAGUUGACAUUUUGAGACACACAACAAUGGAUCCUGUCCAAGACAAGCAUUACCGAGAUCAACUAGCCAAACAAUAUGCCGAGGAUCAAACUACUAAAGAAUGCAUCCGCACACUUCGUGAAAACAUUGGAAGUAAUCAGAAAGAAACAGCAGACAGGAUAAAUCUCCUCGAGGAAAACAUUGGAAGUAAUCAGAAAGAAACAACAGACAGGAUAAAUCUCUUUGAGGAAAACAUUGGAUGUAAUCGGAAAGAAACAGCAAACAGGUUGAGUCUCCUCGAGGAGACUCAAACAACAUUAAAGACCAGAUUACACAUAUCUUACCAACAACAGAAGCAAUUUCAAAAUUAUUUAGAAGAUUUACAGAGGCACAAAUCAACUUGCAUACCGGAAAACGUCAGAGGUAAUUUAUUUCUUAAACGGGUUAGUUUGCACACGAGUUUCAUGGGCAACAACGCUCAAUCAAUAUAGCUUAACAGUAGUUCUGUUUUUACACGCCUGAGCCGAAGGCUCAAGGGAGUUUUUCUGAUUAAAAUUUGUCCAUUUUCGUCGUUGGGGUUACCAUCCUUGUCGUCGCUGUAAACUUUUACAAUUUAAUCUUUAAUUUAAUCUUUAAUCAGGACAAAUGUGCCAGUUUCAACCAAAUAUUGCAUAGAGUAUACUUGGGUAAAGCGGAUUAAUUUUUUUUUAAUAAAGGACCAAACCCUACUCCAAGGGAAGAUAAUUAUGUAAAGCAAAAAAUGGCAUCAUUAAAAAAAACUCCUUUUAAGAACCAAUGGACCAGGAAAGAUGAAAAUCAUGUUGAAUUAUUGUCAGGUAGAGUGGACUCAAGUAUGAAAUAUGUUCAAAUUAUGACCUACAGGGGUAGAGCGUCCACGACUUUAUUUACAGAAGUACGACAAAGUCCCGUUACGAAAUUCAUUUUUACGAGACUGCAAUCUCGGAAUGAAGGUCUUCUUUCCCGCAUAUCAUCUUGUAAACUGUUUUCUUCCGUCGAAAAUUUUAUAUAUCACUUAAAUACUUAUAAAAAAACCGGCUCCCUCUACUCUGUUUACAACAAUUAUGGGUUUCUGUUCGUGUUUUCCGAU